AUGUAUCCUGAGCUCUCUGAAUCCUCCGACGAUGACACCUUACCCAUGCGGGAAAUCCCCAUACCACAUGAGGUGGCUGAAACCAGCGACUGGGCUAGCACUCAAAUAGCGCUAAAUGCGGCUCUAGUCGCCCUUGACCUGCAAGGUUCGAUUAUAGACGAACUGCGUGGAAAAGUCUCAGCACUAGAUAACGAUUUAAGUCACCUGACAGCGUUAUUUAAGGAUAACAUCUCAGCAUGUGCUGCCGCAGGACAGGCGAUCGCGCUAUCGAAACAACAGAUAUUCGACACUACAGCUAAAUUAGAAUCAGCGGCCAUUAGCGCCAAACGGAUUAUAAUCUGGGGUAGCUUCUCCUAG